UUUUUUAUUUGAUAAAGUUAUCAAAUCUUAUUUAUUAUUCACCGGCACAUAUUCAUAUACAAGCCAGCUAGUUAUUAUAAUGAAGAAGAAGAAAAACGUAUUAAUAACUGAAAGUGCGGAUGUUAAAGUUGCUUCCUUAGAUGAAGAAGCUUCGAUGUUCAUCCUGUUUGAACACGCCAUGGGUUACGCCUUAUUCAAGGUCAAGCAAUACGAGGAGAUAGGUAUGGCCCUUUUGACCGAACAAUUGCGCGAUAACCUCACUGACUUUACGAAAUUCGUCAGCACGGUUCAUUUGGUAGCGUUUUCGCCCUUCAAAUCGGCCAAGAAUGCCCUGGAAAAUAUUAAUCACAUAUCGGAAGGCUUGGUUCACGAGGACUUGUACGAAUUUUUGGACACCCAUCUACCAAAAAUCGAAUCAAGUGUUGACAGGAGAAAAGUGUUGCUCGCGAUCUCCGAUAGUAAAUUGGGCAAUUCGAUCAACGAAAACGUUAGCCUCAGCGUCAAUUGCAUAUUUUCUGGACUCGUUCCGGAUAUCAUGAGAGGAAUAAGGCAACACUUUAGCAAAUUUUUUAAAAACCUGAACCAAAGCAACAGUCUCAUUGACGAGUCGAAGGAAUCCAAAUCACAGCUGGGUCUCGCUCAUAGCUAUUCCCGCGCCAAAAUUAAGUUCAACGUGAAUCGAGUCGAUAAUAUGAUAGUUCAAUCCAUCGCCAUCCUCGAUCAGCUGGACAAAGAUAUUAACAAAUUUUGCAUGAGGCUUAGAGAAUGGUAUUCCUAUCAUUUUCCAGAGCUUUACAAACUUGUACCAGAUAAUUUACUUUACGCACGAGUAGUUAAAUGUGUUGGGGACAGAAAAUUAAUAUUUAAUAACACUGCCAACAGCGAGGAACUCGAAAGUAAGCUGGCCGAAAUACUAAAUCACAAUUUAAUCCUGAUCCAAGAUAUCCUAAAGAUCGCCAAAUCAUCGAUGGGAAUGGAUAUAUCGCCCCUCGAUUUGAAUAUGAUCGGAAAAUUCGCCGACAGAGUCAUAGCGUUAGGCGAAUUUAGGAAAAAAUUAUCGGUCUACCUGAACGAUAAAAUGAAAUGCGUCGCCCCAAAUCUCGCGGAAUUGCUGGGGGAUACGGUGAGUGCUAGAUUAAUAUCGCAUGCCGGUAGUCUAUCAAAUUUAGCCAAAUGUCCCGCCUCUACGAUUCAAAUCCUGGGUGCUGAAAAGGCUCUUUUUAGAGCCCUAAAGAGUCGUAGUGGCAAUACCCCCAAAUACGGACUUCUGUUUCACUCGCCUUUCAUCAGCAAAACCGGAGCCACGAAUAAAGGAAAGAUUUCAAGAUUUUUGGCCAACAAAUGCGCCAUCGCUUCCAGAAUCGACUGCUUUUCUGAUGUUGCUUGUCCUAUAUAUGGCCAGUUUCUAAAAGCUCAAGUUGAAAAUAGAAUAAGAUUUCUCGAAAAUAACGAAGAACCAAUUAAAAAUCACGACCUAAUGAAUCAAGCUCGCGAAAAAGUUAUGAAAUUUGUGAAAAACCUUGGUAAAGAAUCCGAGAGCUCAAUAGCAACGACGCAAUCAAAGAAGAAAAAGAAAAAAAAGCAAACUUUUUUGAUCGAAUCGAAUGGCGCUGCACAGGAUACGCAAUCUAACAUCAUGACUGAGGGUGAGGAUCAGGAGGAAGAGGUUAAGAAGAAGGUGAAAAAUAGUAAAAAAAGGAAGUUGGAAGCAACCUUAAAUCAUUCCGAAAUCAAUAUGGCACUUUUGAAUGGUAAAGUUGAAAGUUACGCUCUAUCCAGUGAUCUGGAAAUUACGAUUGCUAGUAAAAAGAAAAAGCUCAAAAAACGACUGGUCGCUGCUUGACUCGCUCACUUAAACUUCUCGAAUUAUGUUAAAUUUAAAAAAAAAACAAAAAUCAAAGGUAAUUCGAGUUUUAUUGUAAAUGAU